CCGGGUCGCGUACAGCGUCAUGGCGCGCUUCCUCUGUGCGCUCAGGAGCCUUCCUUUCCGAGAAGUGCCCGGGUGGGGGGUGCGGGGCCGAGCGGGCCGAGGCGGCCUCGGCGCGAGUACCGGACCUGGGGACGCAGGGUCCCUUACAAAGCGGAAGCCGGUUCUCUCCAAGAGUGAGUGGCAGAAGAAGCUGACUCCAGAGCAGUUCCAUGUCACAAGAGAAAAAGGGACGGAACCGCCUUUCAGUGGGAUCUACCUGAAUAACAAGGAAUCAGGAAUGUAUCACUGUGUGUGCUGUGACAGCCCGCUCUUCAGCUCUGAGAAAAAGUACUGCUCGGGCACCGGAUGGCCUUCGUUUUCUGAGGCUCACGGGACGUCUGGCUCUGAUGAGAGUGACACAGGGAUCCUGCGACGUGUGGACACCUCGUUGGGACCAGCUCGCACAGAGGUCGUCUGCAAGCAGGGAAUAGGUUCCAGCAGCUCAGACGCCCCUCUGCUGGUUCUCACACAGUGGGCUUCUCUGGGUGGAGCAGGCUGGGCUUUAGUUGAAUGCAGAGGGCCCACUCUGCUUGCCUCUGCUCCUUUUCUUUUUCUUUGCACCUGUCACAGCUUAAAGAAAUUGAAGUUGCUCUAAUUGUCAGCGACUAUGAUUCAGGCUGCUGGGUUCUCAUAGCAUCUCAGAUAUAAUCUCCCAGACUAAGAGGGUGGGAAAGACCCAUUCAGAAAAUAAUGACUAAUCAGACAGGAUCCUUCGCCCCAUUCAUUGCCUACCUUUGGAGCACUCUUUCUCAAGGUGAUUUGCCUGAUUUCAGGUGUGCUUGCCACAGCUGUUACAUUCCCACUCUGACCAUAUUUUCUUUUAAGAAGCACCUUUCCUAAAAAAUAGAAGCACCGAUUGCUGCACUAGUCUACCCUGCUUUCUGGAGGUCUCUGCCACUCACUCCAACCAAGUACUGUGUGAGCGUUCUCACACUGAAGCACCGAGUAAUGCAUGCAGAGGAAUAAUAGCAAUUUAACAGAAAAUGGUUUUCAUCUGCUCUCCAGGCAUGUCUUUCUUUGGCCACAGGAGAGAACCUCAAUCAUUUUUUAUUGAAUUAACAACUUUAUAGAUUAACCUCAUAUCCAGGAACUUCAUGCCUACCAUCAAAUCAGCACACAUACACACAGUGUAAAAAAUAAAGGAGAUGUAGUCAGAAAGAAGUUGAAACCAUGACUUGUUUGAAUAACUACAGAGAGUUAUGACUGAUGAAGUGAUCAUUGGAUUAUGUACUGGUGGAUUGGAGCACCUCUGCUCCUCUUUGUUCACAGCAACAGCAAGCAAAAAACAAAACAACACCCCAUAAUUGUUUUGAAUUAUAUCUUAAGAUCUAGAAGGAAUGUCAAAUGACUAGAGCAAAGAGAUUGA